AUGGCUCCUCUCCAGGUUUUUCCUCACUUCAUUCUCGUCACUCUCCUCUCUCUUCUGUUCAACCCUUGCUUCUCCUUCGACCCUAGCCUCUUCGAUCUCCCCAAAGCUCUGCAGCUAUCUGCAGACCCCAGCGGCGGUUGGUCCCCCGCCCAGGCCACCUGGUACGGCCCCCCCAGUGGCGAUGGCAGCGAAGGGGGUGCGUGUGGAUAUGGGAAUGCCGUAGGACAAGCUCCAUUCUAUUCCAUUGUAUCCGCCGGUGGUCCUUCUCUGUUCCACUCCGGCACCGGCUGUGGUGCUUGUUAUCAGGUAAAAUGCACUUCGCAUGCGGCGUGCUCGGGGAAUCCGGUGACCGUAGUGAUCACUGACGAGUGCCCAGGGUGUGGCUCCGCCUCCGGCCAACCUCAUUUUGAUCUCAGCGGUGCUGCCUUCGGAGCCAUGGCCAAUUCCUUCAACGGCCGCUACGCCUUGCGUAAUGCCGGCCUCCUGCAGAUCCAAUAUAAAAGAGUUGCUUGCAACUACCGUGGUAUGCCGGUGGCAUUCCGCGUGGACGCGGGAUCGAGCCCCUACUACUUUGCAGUGCUAGUGGAGUACGAGAACAGCGACGGCGACGUCUCCGCUGUGUAUCUCCAGGAGGCCGACGGUCCCUGGUAUCCCAUGCAGGAGUCUUGGGGUGCAGUUUGGAAGCUCAACUCCGGCUCGCCGUUGCGACCCCCCUUCUCCAUCUGGCUAACCACCAGCGCCUCCCACAGGACUCUCGUUGCCUCGAAUGUGAUUCCCGCCGGCUGGCAGCCCGGCCAGACUUACAGAUCUCACGUGAAUUUUCGCUAA